AUGGGAGCAUCAGCAUCAAAACCAACAGAAACCAAAGUGUUUACUCCACAAACACCUGUGGAUUUUAGUCCAUCCCUUGUCGCACAACUAGAGAAAUCCAUAGAAACCGAUUUUACACGUUCACAAUACACUGCUAAAUAUCUUGAAGAUCAAGUUAGUUCUAAAUUAGAUGGAUUAGCUAAAGAUUCAAAAUCAAAAUUUGAUGAAGAAUUGAAAAAUUCAAUUUUAACUAAAGAUUCAGAAAAGGAUAAAUCUUUAUCAAGUACACAAUUAGAUGAUAAAAUUUCUAAAUUACAAGCUGAUUUGAAUAAAAGAGAAUCCAAAUUUGUUAAAUUAUCAAAAGAAGUUAUAAAUUCUAAAAAAGAAGUUGUUCAAUGUUUAAUUAAAAAUAAAGAUAAACCAUUAAACUGUUGGGAUGAAGUUAAAAAUUUUGAAAAAUUGGUUAAUGGAAUUUGA